AUGUUUGAUCGUUGUAAAAAUAAAUCACCACUACUUCCACGUCAAGUGUUUGUAAAUGAGCAAAUACCUCCAAAUAAUCUCGACAAAAAUGGAAGGCCAAAACAAUAUGUUAGCAAUAAAGUAAAAACUUCAAAAUAUACAGUAUUCACAUUUAUACCAAAAAAUUUAUAUGAACAAUUUCGUAGAAUUGCCAAUUUUUUCUUUUUGACACUUGUGAUUCUACAAUGGUUUCCUGAAUUUGCAACUAUUUCACCUGUGGUAGCUGCUUUGCCAAUGUUUAUAAUAACGGGCAUAACAGCUAUCAAAGAUGCUUUUGAAGAUUUUAAAAGACAUGUUACUGAUAGAUCUGUAAAUAAUAGAAAAACAUGGACAUUAGGGAAUUGGAUAAAUGUAAAUUAUCCUGAUUCUGAUUCAAAUUCAAAUUCAAAUUCAAUUAUUGAAUGGAUAAAAAAAAAAAAUUCUAAAUAUAUACCAAACACAAAUAAUAAAAUAAAAGAUCCUGAAUGGAAACAAACAAUGUUUAAAAAUGUUCGCGUAGGAGAUUUUAUCAAAUUAUUCAAUGAUGAUUUCAUUCCAGCUGACAUAAUAAUUCUUUCAACUUCUGAACCUAAUUCAUUAUGUUAUGUGGAAACAAAAAAUCUUGACGGAGAAACUAAUCUUAAGAUUCGACAAAGUGCUCCGAAAACAAGCCAUUUAAAAGACCCGAGAGAUUGUACUUCAAUAAAAUUUUAUGUAGAUUCUGAACCUCCAACAACUGAUUUAUUUAGUUAUAAUGCAGCUUUAGUAUUUCCAGAUGAUUUACCCGGUAAUUCUUCAUCCAAUAUUAACACUAUACCAGAUUCUACACCACGAAAAGACCCAAUAAAUUUGAAUUCAAUAUUAUUAAGAGGAUGUGUGUUGAAAAAUACUGAAUGGGUCAUUGGUUUGGUGGUAUUUACUGGUACUGAUACUAAAUUAUCUUUAAAUUCGGGUGAAACUCCAUCAAAAAGAAGUAGAAUUGAAAAAAAAAUGAAUCCUCAAGUUAUUGCGAAUUUAUCCAUAUUAGCAUUAAUGUGUGUAUUCUGUGCGAUUGCAACUAGAAUCUGGCAGGCGUAUUUUACAGAUGUACCAUUUUUUGAUUCUGUUGAUAAUUCUAUAGAAAUUGAUGCGUUUUUGACAUUUUGGAACGCCUUGAUCACAUUUCAAAAUAUUGUACCUAUAUCGUUAUAUUUAUCAAUUGAAUUUGUUAAAAGUGUUCAAGCAUAUUUCAUUUUUAUGGAUGAUGAAAUGAAAUACGCUGAAACAAACACACCUUGUAUACCAAAAAAUUGGAAUUUAUCUGAUGAUUUAGGUCAAGUUGAAUAUAUAUUUUCAGAUAAAACUGGAACUUUGACGAGAAAUGUUAUGGAAUUUCGUAAAUGUUCUAUUGGUGAUAAAAUAUAUCAUGGUGAUCCGCCUUUAUUUUCUGAAAAUGAUGAAGAUAAUAAUUUAGUUGAAGUUAAUCCAACUAAAAAACCACUUAAAUUACCAUUUGUUGAUUCUGAACUCUCUAAAGAUUUAUCUUCAGACAAUUCUGACUCUGCUCGUGCAAAAGUGAUAAAUGAUUUCUUUACACUGCUUGCUAUAUGUCACACAGUCUUAAUUAGUACAGGUCCUGAUGGUGAAAUACAAUACAAAGCACAAUCUCCUGAUGAAGCUGCUCUUGUUCAAGCUGCAAAAGACGUAGGAUUCACAUUUUGUUCUCGUGAACAAGAACAAAUAGUAUUUACUAAACCCAACGGUGAAAAAGUUCAAUAUAAAUUGCUGAAUAUUAUCGAAUUCACUAGUGCAAGGAAACGUAUGAGUAUCAUAGUACAAUGCCCAAAAACAAACAAGAUUAUAUUGUUUAGCAAAGGUGCUGAUAAUGUUAUUUUUGAAAGGUUGAAACUAGGUCAACAAUUUAGUCUAACUGCUGAGCAUCUUGAAGAGUUUGCGAAAGAAGGUCUUAGAACAUUGUGUUUAGGAUAUGCAGAAAUUGAUCCACAAGAAUAUCAAAAUUGGGAUAUGGAAUAUAAAAAAGCUUCAACUGCACUUGAAAAUCGUGAAAAGGAAGUUGCAAAAGUUGCCGAUAAAAUUGAAAGUAAUUUGACAUUGCUUGGUGCGACUGCCAUUGAAGACAGAUUGCAAGACGGUGUCCCAGAAUGUAUAGCUACAUUGAAACGUGCCGGUAUAAAGAUUUGGGUUUUAACAGGUGACAAAAUGGAAACAGCCAUAAGUAUUGGAUUUUCGACAUGUUUGUUGAGUAAAGAUAUGAACUUGAUUAUUAUUAGAGGUGGUGCAUAUGGUGAAGAAAAUAGUGCUUAUCAACAGAUGUGUACUGCUGUUGAAAAAUUUUUUGAAAAUGAUCAGGAACUUCAAGAAAUUGUAAAGUCUAAUCAGGUGCCACCAGUAACAUCAGUCAAUUCUAAUUCCAGAACAUCAGCCUCACAUGUUCGUCAAAUGAGUAUUACUGCUUCAAUGCUCUCUGUAGCAUCCAAUCAAUCCAGAACAGGUGGUUAUGCUCUGGUGAUUGAUGGUGUGGCGUUAACGCAUGCUCUGAAGGAAUCAUUUAGUAAAAAGUUAUUGUUGAAUUUAGCUUGUCGUUGUAAAGGUGUUAUUUGUUGUCGUGUCUCUCCUUUACAAAAAGCACAAGUUGUUGAAUUAGUAAAAGAAGGUAAAAAUGCAAUGACUUGUGCAAUUGGUGAUGGUGCAAAUGAUGUCAGCAUGAUUCAGGCCGCACACAUUGGAAUAGGAGUCGCAGGUGAAGAAGGAUUACAAGCUGUGAUGGCUUCAGAUUAUGCAAUGGCACAAUUUAAAUAUUUAACACGUCUAUUGCUGGUUCAUGGACAUUAUGCCUACAUAAGGAAUUCUUCAAUGAUUCUAAAUUUUUUUUACAAAAACAUGAUUGGAGUCGCAGUUUUGGCUAUAGGUGUUUUUGAUAGAGAUGUGCCUGAUAAAAUAGCAAUAGAUGUACCAGAAUUAUAUCAAUGGGGUAUUAAAAAAAGAGCUUAUACCAUGAAAAUAUUCUUAAUCUUUAUGUUUGAAGGGAUCUACCAAUCUUUAAUAAUAUUUUUCAUACCGUACCUUGCCUAUAGUACUGGAAGUACAAACACAGAUGGUCGAGAACCAGAUCAACUUGAGAUGGGAACUACAAUGGCAGUUGCAUGUAUAACAAUGGCUAAUCUGUUCACAGGAUUCAAUGCUCAAUGUUGGACAGUAUUUCAUUUUGUUGCAGUGUUUGGAUCAAUAGGAUUAUUCCUGAUUUACAUUUGUGUUUAUAGCUUAAUACCAAUUUCACCUAUUGUUGGAUUCAUUGAUAUCAUGUACACUUCAGGAACGUUUUAUUUUUCUGUAUUGGUAGCAUUAGUUAUAUCGAUUCUUCCCAGAUAUUUAUACAAAUACUAUCAAAGAAACUAUCGUCCAACAGAUAUUGAUAUCAUUCAAGAGAUAUGUAAAAAAGAUCCUACACAUGAUUUCACUAAAGAUAAAAAACUUUAUCCAACUCUUACGCUUACCAGGCAAACAACUCGCGAUUCACGUAAAUCAGUACCAUCUCCAAGGCCUAUAACAAUAGCAGAAGAAUUUUAUAAUGAUCAAUUUGAAAUAUGUGGUAGUAUGACUAAUAUGGUCACAGGUUUAACAGAACCGAUGCGUGGCUAUGCUUUCUCACAAGAGGAAGGCUCUGGUCGUGUAAUGCUUUCUCCGCAAGAUUCUGUUGAUUUAUCACCUUUAGAAGAAACUGUUAAUUUAUCAGAGAAGUCAGAGAAAUCCAAAUAA